CGCCUUUCGGAAAAUAACACUGUACAAGUCCGAAAGGAAAAGUUUGAGAGGGCAGCCGCUUUCCCAGGUGAAGCUUCUAGAACCGGAGCAUAAAGAAGGUGUGGCCCUCGCCAGCCCCGCCUCCUUUCUGGGCGGAAGUUACGGGUCAGGUGCCGGAAGUCAUCGGGAGGUGGGGCGUGUGCGGCGGCGUGGUGGUGGCAUCGAUAUGGCGACCGAGGGGGAUGUGGAGCUGGAGCUAGAGACUGAGACCAGUGGUCCAGAGCGGCCUCCGGAGAAGCCACGGAAGCACGACAGUGGUGCGGCAGACUUGGAGCGGGUCACCGACUAUGCAGAGGAGAAGGAGAUUCAGAGUUCCAAUCUGGAAACGGCCAUGUCUGUCAUUGGAGACAGAAGGUCCCGAGAGCAGAAAGCCAAACAGGAGCGAGAGAAGGAACUGGCAAAAGUCACCAUCAAGAAGGAGGAUCUGGAGUUGAUAAUGACAGAGAUGGAGAUCUCUCGAGCAGCAGCAGAACGGAGCUUGCGGGAACACAUGGGAAACGUGGUAGACGCUCUUAUUGCCCUAACCAAUUGAUAUAUGUGUUCUCAGCUAUACCUACUGGUUAAGUUAUUCCAAUAAAGAUUGCUUUUUUUGGGGCAGUUGUAUCAUCUUG